AUGUCCCAUCUGCUCCGUGGCGAAGGCUCGGAAUUUGACAUGAGUUCAGUUCACAAAAUCACUGAUGAUGUUUCUCUUGAACUCAAUGCCGAGUUCUUUCACCAACCGUGGUUUCUUCAGAUGUUGCAUCAUCGCAUAGUACUUCCUGGGAUGUCGAUACCUGAAUUCCUAUCACUAUCACUCCAUCUAGUAGGCGAUACAAAGACGGACGAUAGAUUUAUGGAGCCCUUUCACAUUUCACAAGUAUGCAUCGAGCUCCAGGAGUUUGUCAGCGUGCGGAAAUAUGUUUGUUCGUUUGAGGAUGUUCGUACCAUGGUAGUCAGCAAUACCAGUCCGAACGAAUUGGCCAGUCUUGCACAUCAAGAAGUCGUCGUCCCACCUGAAUGCUAUGACUGCAAGCUACCGGAGAUUGGCCCCACUUUUUUUACUAAUGGUUUCACGAGAAGCUAUGGCUUGAAGAUCACGAUGAAGUUGGUUCACAAGAGCAUCCCCGGUAUACUUGCGUCCACAUUCCUUGAGUUGAAUGUGGCAGAAAAGAAAGAGGAACGCAUAAACUUUGAAGAAUGUCCGGGCCUGGAAGUUUCGGAUAUCUACUAUGAUAUUGCGCCUCCUUUGAGUCAAGAGGCGCUAGAGAAACACAUGGCAAAUAAUCAAGAUCAGUUGCGAAGUUUCAGUGAUGACUUUGAUCAAUACCUGCUCCUGGCCUUGGAUAUUAUAGCAUUAUUGGGAGAUGAGAAGGUUCCUCUUGCUUCGCGUAUCGUAAUGCCUGACGAUAAAGUUUCCAAGUCUUUUGGGUUUGAUGCAAUUGCAAAACCCGGAAUGAAGUUGUCUGACAUUAUCAGUUUCACUUAUAUUCUUCCGCAAAGUUUCCAAGCCGCUUCUCGCGAGAAUCAAGUGGAAGAUUACAGCAUGAACUUCACGUAUGUUGAAGUAUGCCUCUUUUCAAUCGAAAGAUCAGGGUUUACUAUUUUGAAAAGCAAGAAGGUGUUGCUUGAGAAAACUAAAUUGCCAUCGAUACGAUGGAGUGAGUUCAAGGAGAGCGUACCUGGUAGUCUCUCUGCCUGUGCUUUUAUUCUACCAGAAGAGACCUUUGAUGCGGUAAUUCCCCUUGAUCUACAGCCUUCUAAAGUAAGCUUCCGAUAUUCUCGACAAUUCUUUAUCGAAGUAUGGGUGUAUCUCACUGUUAAUGGAAAGGAACAUGGCAGGCUGCGGAAAUUUAACUUGUUUAUUGCCAAGUAA